CUUCGCGCCGCGGAAAACACACGUUGCUCAUCAGGUGUGUUAAGCAUCCUCUUUGCAGCAUCUACAGUGAAGAUUUUUUUUUCUUCCAAUAUCUUGUAAAAGAAAUGCAAGAUGCAAUGCAAAAAGAACUUUUUUAGAAUAAAUCUAUUUUCCUCAUCAACAAUCAACUUCUAAAAUCAAUGUGCAAUUUGAACUCGAGUUAAGAAGAGGUGUGUUUUUAACAAGCCAGUAAAUUAAAAGACCCUGGAUGCAUCCGGGAAUUGGUGGAACGAGCGACCGAGUGGGCGCUUCAGGUGAUGAUGAAGCACCGAAAGAUCCUGGUGCUCGAGUCAUUCAACAUUCAUACACGGAGAAAUAUACCGAGAAAGAAUAUGAAGGUCAUCGGGCACACACAGUUUAUGUGGGUGUGCAUUUGCCUGGCGAACGAAGACACCGCCGGCAUCAUAAACACCAUCACUCCCGGCCAUCGAAUGAAACAAAUAAAGAAGAAGUUGAUAGCGAAAGACCUACUACACCACCGGCUCAAAGAGUACAAUUCAUUCUUGGGGAGGAAGUUGGAGAUGACGCUCAUGAAUCUCAUCCCUUAUUUUCUGAAAUGGAAGAACUCAUCAAGGAUGGCGAUGAAAUGGAAUGGAAGGAAACUGCUAGAUGGAUCAAAUUUGAAGAGGAUGUUGAAGAAGGAGGGAAUAGAUGGUCCAAACCUCACGUAGCUACUCUUUCUUUACAUUCUCUUUUCGAGUUGAGAAGUCUUUUAUUAAAUGGAACUGUCAUGUUGGACAUGGAGGCAAGUAAUUUGGAGCAAAUUACAGAUCUUGUACUGGAUAACAUGAUCAAUAAAGGAGCUUUGCCAUUUGAAAUUCGAGAUAAGGUCAGAGAAGCUCUUUUAGUUCGACAUCGGCAUCAACAUGAAAGAAAGACCAACAUGUCAAGGCUUCCUAUUAUUAAAUCAUUAGCAGAAAUGCGGAAUCAUUCAUCGUCGAAAAAUUUUAACUGCUCUUGUGGUAUAUUUACACAAGAUUUACAGGAUCGUCAUGACACAGGUGAUGUUUAUUCACCAAGCGUAUCACGCAGCAGCAGUUGCCCCGCUUCGAAUGCAACAAAAGAUGCUAAAGAUCUUAAAGGACCAUAUUUAUUGGUUCCAGGUCAAGAGCCAAGCAACAACGGAAUGGAUAGAAGCCCUAGCAGUAUCUCCAUCAGCAGGAAUCAUAGUUCCUCUGGAUUAGAAAAUGGAAAGGGAAAUACUCAUUUUAUGCGUAAAAUACCACCAGGAGCUGAGGCCAGCAAUAUUCUAGUGGGAGAAGUCGACUUCCUGGACAAAACCUUGUCUGCUUUUAUAAGACUUAGUCAAGCUUUCAUAUUGGGAGAUUUAACCGAAGUUCCUGUCCCAACAAGAUUCAUUUUUGUUCUUCUUGGACCAACUGGCGGUAUCUCUAAUUUCCACGAGAUAGGAAGAGCCAUGGCAACUUUGAUGUCCGAUGAAGUUUUCCACGACGUUGCUUACAAAGCAAAAAACAGAAAUCAUUUAUUGGCAGGAGUAGAUGAAUUUUUAGACGCCGUGACCGUUUUACCACCUGGCGAAUGGGAUCCAACUAUUCGAAUAGAGCCCCCUGCGGCAAUUCCGGAUACAAGAAAAAGACCAAAGGAAGAGAAGCCAAAAGAAGAAGUGGACGAGGAGGCUGACGAGCAAAAAUUGAGAGAAGAGUCCGGUUUGUCGAGAACUGGCCGACUGUUUGGAGGAUUAAUUAAUGACGUGAAAAGAAAAACGCCUUUUUACUUUUCCGACUUCAAAGACGCGUUGGCCCUGCAAUGCGUAGCAUCAUUCAUAUUUCUCUAUUUCGCAUGUCUAGCACCUAUAAUCACUUUUGGUGGUCUUCUCAGUGAAGCUACUGACAAACACAUGGCUGCUAUGGAAUCUCUUGUAGCCGGCUUUGUAUGUGGCAUUGGUUAUGGUUUUUUUUCUGGUCAACCUUUAACAAUUUUGGGAUCAACUGGUCCAGUUCUGGUAUUCGAACAAAUUGUCUUCAAAUUCUGCAAAGAGUAUGCUUGGAAUUACAUGUCCUUCCGAUUUUGGAUUGGCACGUGGAUUAGUGUAAUUUUAGUUAUUCUUGUUGCACUCGAUGCCAGCGCUUUUGUCUGUUACAUUACUCGAUUUACCGAAGAAAAUUUUGCUACUUUGAUAGCUUUUAUUUUUAUCUUUAAAGCAGUUGAGAACGUACUUUCGAUAAACAAAAAUAAUCCAUUAAAUAGGCACGGUAGCGAUGGACUACUCAACUAUAAUUGUUCUUGUAAAUCGCCAGAUAAUUACUUUCCAUCUAGUUAUGACAAUAUGAACUGGACAUCAAUGGAUAAAAUUGCUUGCAAGACCAACAAUGGUACAAUGAUAGGUGAUCACUGCAAUUAUGUACCCGAUGUGUUCCUUAUGUCAAUUAUUCUCUUCGUGGGGACAUUUUUGAUGUCCGUUGAGCUCAAGGAUUUUAAGAACGCUCUAUUUUUUCCAUCUAAAGUAAGACAAAUUGUGAGCGAUUUUGCCGUAAUUAUUGCAAUCUUUUCAAUGUCGGCGUUAGAUUACUAUGUAGGAAUUACUACACCAAAAUUGGAAGUUCCUAACGAGUUUAAACCAACAUUACAUGACAGAGGAUGGAUUAUAUGGCCUUUCCAGGACAAUCCUUGGUGGAGUGCACUUAUAGCAGGUCUUCCAGCCAUGUUGGGUACUAUUUUAAUUUUCAUGGAUCAACAAAUUACGGCUGUAAUUGUUAACCGAAAGGAAAACAAACUCAAGAAAGGUUGUGGGUAUCAUUUGGAUCUGUUCAUACUGGCCAUUCUGAUCCAAAUCUGCACAGUGAUGGGUUUGCCGUGGUUCGUUGCAGCAACAGUCCUUUCUAUUAAUCAUGUCAAUUCGCUGAAACUGGAAUCAGAGUGUGCAGCGCCAGGAGAGAAGCCACAAUUCCUAGGUGUCAGAGAGCAGAGGGUUACUCACAUCCUGAUAUUUUUGAUGAUUGGCCUAUCUGUUCUUCUAACUCCACUGUUAAGGAAAAUUCCAAUGCCAGUGUUAUUUGGAGUUUUUCUCUACAUGGGUGUUUCGUCUCUGAAAGGUCUUCAGUUCUUCGACAGAAUACUCAUAAUCUUCAUGCCCGUUAAAUAUCAGCCAGAUCACAUGUUCCUUCGACAGGUUCCGUUGAAAAGAGUACACAUGUUCACAUUCAUUCAACUAGCAUGCCUCAUAUGUCUGUGGUUAAUUAAAUCCUUUCACAGCACAUCGAUUCUGUUUCCAUUAAUGCUCGUAGUGAUGAUUGGGAUUAGAAAAGCAUUGGACAUAAUGUUCACCCAGCGAGAGUUGAAAAUUUUGGACGACAUAAUGCCCGAGAACUCGAAGAAACAACACGAGGACGAUCUCUGCCACCUGGAAAGCGGAGAGGAUCUGAAUGAAAAUCUCGACUUCGAUUCAUCGGGAGAUAACAAGACUGGAAUCUGGCAACAAAUUAACGAGAAGCAACCAAAAAUUAUAAACAUUAGUAAGCAGAAGAAACAGCAGCCGAAAGAAGUUGUAGGUGACUGUGGAAUUUCAAUUAAGGUUGAUUUAAUUCGAUCUAAAGAAACAAGUCCAUUUAAAGCAAAUGGUAACACAGCGGCUGAGACUUCCGUAUGAGCAAAAAAAAUUUUGUUUUAACUAAGAAUAAGAAAUAUCCUUCCAAUAUUGAGUUUAAGAAGACUAACAUAAAAAGCCUAAAAGAACACGGAAAUUUGUACAAAAGAAAUAGACAAAAUUUAGUAGAUGGUGGAAAGUUUGCAAAGUAAACAAGCAGAAAAUUUUCUUCAGCAAAUUCAUAAUUUAAAACAACUUCGGCCUUAUAUAUUUUCUUCUUAAUUACCUACUUUUCAUGCGCUAAUUACAAAACUGAUUUUAAACUAUUAUUUACUAAAAAAUUUUCAAUAACUUUGCGUAGAAUAUUUUCUGCAUGUAUGUUAUUGUUAUAAUCGUCUAUGGAGCAAACUUUCCGUACUAUCCGAAAACGGGAGGGGUGGGGGCGGGGG